CUGACGGGCAGUAAUAAUAAUACAUAAUUCUAACUCCAUACUUAAUACUUAGUCAAUAGUAAAGCAAAAGUAAUAUUGUUUUUAAGUUUCCCGGAUAGCACCUUUGUGUAUUUUAAUAAAAGCAGCUUCAGACUACUGGAACCAGUAAAGUAAUUAACAACAAAAGACGAAUGGUUUGGAUAUUUACAACAUGAACACUCUGUUAUGAGAAAGAACCAAAAAUAGCUGAUGGACUUUACAUUUCGGCACAUAAACAUUCCCUGAACCAUCAUGUUGCCUAACAGUGCUAGUCAAGUCUCCAGUAGGAGUAGCCAUCGUGUUGGAUCUCAGGCUAAAAGUUCAGAAGAUGCGCAGGUCUGGGUGGAAUGGAGAAAACAACUGACAGCUUAUGUAGCCUGGGUCAACUCGCAGCUGAAGAAGAAACCUGGUGCUCACUUGGUUGAAGAUUUGAGACAUGAUGUUAGAGAUGGCGUGAUCCUGAUAGAUCUUAUUGAAGUCAUAGCCAAUGAAAAGAUAAGUGACAUUCACCCCUCCCCCUCAACCUACGCCCAGAUGAAAGAAAAUGUCGAUCGUGUCUUACAGUUCAUGUUUGCCAAUAAAAUCAAAAUGCACCACAUCACCACCAGAGACAUCGUAGAGGGGAACCUUAAAGCCAUAAUGAGAUUAGUCUUGGCCCUGGCUGCACACUAUAAACCCAACUCUGUGAGGCACUCGACACAGACCAACAAACAAAACAUUGCAGGGAUAGCCCAGGGUGCAGCUGCAGCACUGACAGAGGCGAGAAGAAAUGCCACACGAGCUGGUCACAGGUACAGGAGGAGAAGACAAAGGGAAGAAAGUGUGGACAUGCAUUGUAGCGACUCUGACCACUCCCAGAGCCACCCCUCCCACACCAGCUCCCACAGGAAGUCAGCCUCAGCCUCACACGUGUACCCAGUCUCCCACCAGCCCAGCCACCACCACCCCAACACCCGGCACCACAACCACUCGCUGGACCAGAGGAUGAUGGGGGAGGGGGAGAGCAGCUCUAAGCCAGACGUGGGGGGCAGGGCUGAGCUGGAGGGUGCCAGCGCCAGCAGCAGCCCCGUCUCUAGUCACAACACCAGCCCUAGGGCUAGUCUGUACCUCAGUGAUCCCCCGUCAUCUAUGGAAGGGUUGUUGUCAGUUGGCGGGCCUAACAGAGGCAGUAUUAUGAUAACAUCUUGCGAGAGUGAUGCAAUGACAGACUCUGGCUACACAGAGAUUGCUGAUUCAUUGAAGGACACACACCAGAUGUUGUUUCAGCUGCAUGAGUUGUUGCUUAAUGGUGAGAACAACCAUGACAUAGAUGCCUCAGGGACUAUAGCUGAAUGUGCAAAUCCUAAAGAAACUAUUACAAUCCUCAAAGCAAGGCUCCUACAUGCCGAAGAAGUGGCGGAAAAUUUGAGAUCAGAAAAUAUGAAAGUCAAACACGAUUGCAGGGAGUUGCAUGGGACUAAGGCUGCCCUGCAGCAAAGGCUGGCUGAGCAAGAGAAUCAACUAUCUGCUGCUAAAACUGAGUCCAUGACCUUUGAACUGGAGAAAGAAAAACUGGCACUGGAACUUGAUGCAUUAAGAAAGCAGCUUCUUGAUCGUGAACAGGUUCUCUCAGAUGUGAAGAAAAGUUACGUGAAGCAAGUUGAAGACAAAGAAAAAGCUCUAGCAGAUUUACGGAGAGAGCUGUUGAAGAGGGACCACAGUAUUAAUGUUCUCACAGAGAAGGUGAAUCACCUGGAGAGGGAAGGGGCAGUCAGCACACGACAGGUCAAAGGUCAAAUGAAAGAGUUAGCCACGGAUAUAAAAAAGAUUGACCUUGCUGGGGCCCAACUGGAGGCCAAAGUCAACUCACAAGACUACAGACUGGCUGUGUUGGCUGACUACCUGCAUAGGGCAGUGGCGAAUCAAGACGGACCAAAGUUUACAGAUUUGGAAAACAUAAGAGAACAUUACAAACAGACAAAGCUUGUCUCACCUGAAGUCCCACCCAACACCGUCAUAGACAGCCUUGAGGACAGUCUUGUCAAACUCUUGGAGAAGGUGCACAUCAAUGGAUCUGUCUACACAGCGCCCUCUGUUGGCAACAGUUCUCAGGAAAUGAAUGUGAGUACCCCGACAAGUCGCGGGGUCAACUUGUCACAGAACAAGAGAAUGGCCAUCAACAAGGAAAAACUGACCCAGCGGGUCAACACCAACAGGUCAACCAGCAGUAGCGCCUCACCAGGGAGAGGAUCCCCUUCACGCAGACCCGUGACAAGUCACCCAGGCCCAUCAAAACUUCACCAAGUUUCCCCUAGGCCAUCAACAGCCAACACAGCUGUGGUCAGGGGGACCCCCAGCAAAUGCAACAGGUCACAGAUUCCUGUACCCCAUGGAGUGCGCACCAAAACACCUUCCCCCACCAUUGCUGAUGUGCAACCCACCAAUGUCAUUUAUUACUUAGAGAACUCUGACAAACCAUCUACGUGUGUGGUACGUAAGAAGCUGGGAGAAAUACGACUCAGGGACCUGAAAGCUGUGAUCCCAGACUCCAACCUGUACCACUACUUCUUCAAGGCCCUGGAUCCAGAGUACGGGACAGUAAAAGAGGAGCUGUCAAAUGAUGACGACCUGCUCCCUGGGUGGGAAGGAAAGAUUGUGGCUUGGCUGGAAGAGGAGAGUGGGACAGUCUGUUAACAUCAGGUCAACUGUUUGUUAACAUCCAGUUAACUGAUGUUUGUUUAUGAAGAGAUUGGGACAGCAUGUUCACUUUUUGUUAAAAUUCACUUAAGUGAUGAUGGUUUAUGAAGAGAUUGGAACAAUUGUUCACUGUUUGUUAACAUUCAGUUAACUGAUGGUUUAUGAAGUGAUUGAAACACAUUGUUCACAGUUCCAGCCCAUUUGAUGAUUCCAGCUCUCUAGCAUUUCAUUUUAAACCCCACUGGAGUAGUAAGUUGUGUUUAACUUGCUACAAGAGAUUUAAAAAUAAAUUUGUGAGAAGUGAAAGUGUGGCUAAUGCUGCUAAACAGUUGUUCAACAUGCAAAGUGUAGUAUUGGAACAACAUUAUAGUUGUAUGUGUGACUCUCCAGUUCAAUAGCAAAUGUUUUACUUAUAUUGACUUCUGUAUGGGCUUAUGUGCAUAUGGCUUAUAUGUACAUUUAUAAAUAUUGUAUGUGGUUUCUAGAUCAGCAGCUGUAAAUAGAAACAAGGCUGAGCUUUCAUUGUUUGAUGUUAGUGUCAUUGUAGAUAUAUUUGUUUUGCAAUAAAGCUGGUACCAGUUUUUAAAUAGUUCAGUAAAGUUCAGUAACUCUGGGAAAGUUGGCUUUUGCUUCAGAUCAGAUCAGAUAAGUAUGAAACUGUUUUACUCAAACUAAAAUAAAAUGAAAAUUGUUAUAUAUUUAAGUUUUUUUUUUCUGUAUAAAAAAAUAAUUUAAUUUUAACUGUCACUGACCCUGAAUAUCAGCUUUUAAUAAUAAAGAAAUAAGAAAAAACAAAGGUAGACAUUAAAGAACAAUUUGUUAAUUUUCAUUUCCAAAACCAUGUUACUUUAUUCAUGUUUUGUUCCAUUGAAAUCAUUCCAAAUUUUUUAAAUUUUGUUUGAAUUGUGCAGGAAUUUACUGCCAGUAAACAUUCCUUUCUGUGAUAUUUUGAAUUAAUUUUCAUGAAGAAAAAUCAUUUUCUGUUUGUUAUCAUUUGUUUUAAAGAAUUGAAUUUUCAUAGCAGAACAUAAGGGAUGCUGAGCGGUUGUGUAUUUGUUUCAACUUUCAGGUUUUUACAAUUUUUAUGUUUAUGUAAAUAUUACUUAUAACAAUGGCCUUCUACAAAGAAGAAAUUUUUAAGCAUUUAUAGUAAGAAGUUAUUGAGAUUAGAUAUUUAAUUUGUGUAGUUUUUCUAUAUUUUGCAUUUUGAUAAUUUAUUUUUUACAAAUUGUGUUCAUAUGAGGUAAUAUUACAGUAGGGGACUUAACUCUCAGGUUAUAAUUCUAGGAGCUACAAAAAUCCUAUUUGUGGAGCUCCAGUUACUUAACAUUACAACUGUUAGAUGUAUGUGCAGCUCUUCUAUAUAGCAAGUUUAAA